UUUAUCAUCCUCUCUCUAUCCCCACCGAAACCCUAGCCCCCAAAUCAGCAAACCCUAAUUUCCACUCUCUCUCUCUAAUAAUAUUUUCACCAUGGCGAAAAAGCGAAAAACCAGAGCUUCAGAAUCAACACAAUCAGUUGAAGAACCACAAGAAGACAUUAAACAAGAACCCGAUGUUGUUGAAGAACCCGAACCCGAAGCCGGACAAGAAGAAGAAGUAGAAUACGAAGAAGAAGAAGAAGAAACAGUACAAGAAGAAGACGAAGAAGAACCAGAUCCCGAAGAUGAAGAUAACGAUGAUGAAGAAGAAGAAACACCUGGAUCUGGAAACGACGCCGUUAAGUCUGUUAACGACCAACAACAACUUAACGGUGGCGAUGAGGUUAAAAAGGAAGGGGAUGAAGAGGAUUUGGAAGAUGAGCCACUUGAGAAGCUUCUAGAACCUUUCACAAAGGAUCAACUUACAGCUCUUAUCAAAGAAGCUUUAGCUAAAUACCCUGAUUUCAAAGAAAAUAUUCAAAAAUUGGCUGAUAAAGAUCCGGCACACAGGAAAAUCUUCGUGCACGGCUUAGGUUGGGAUACCACGGCCGAAACCUUGACUAGUGUGUUUGGAAAGUAUGGGGAAAUUGAGGAUUGUAAAGCAGUUACUGAUAAGGUUUCGGGUAAAUCAAAGGGUUAUGGCUUUAUAUUGUUUAAACAUCGAAGUGGUGCUAGGAAAGCUUUGAUUGAACCACAGAAGAAAAUUGGUACAAGAAUGACUUCUUGCCAGCUGGCAUCUGCCGGGCCUGUCCCGGCCCCGCCACCUACUGCUGCAGCUCCAUCGGUUUCGGAGUAUACACAAAGGAAGAUUUUUGUUAGCAAUGUGGCUGCUGAUCUUGAUCCUCAAAAGUUGUUGGAGUUUUUCUCAAAGUUUGGUGAAGUUGAGGAAGGUCCACUUGGAUUGGAUAAGCAAACUGGGAAGCCUAAGGGGUUCUGUUUGUUCGUAUAUAAGAGUGUUGAGAGUGCAAGAAAGGCAUUAGAGGAGCCACAUAAGAGCUUUGAAGGGCAUACACUUCAUUGUCAGAAGGCGGUUGAUGGGCCAAAGCAUAACAAGAAUUACUAUCAGCAGCACCAGCCGCAGUCACAACAGCAUUACCCUCAGCAUCAUCAUCAGCAACAGUAUUAUCAGCAUCCUGCAAAGAAAGGGAAAUAUUCAGGUGGCAGUGGCAGUGCAGGAGGAUCAGCUGGGCAUUUGAUGGCGCCAUCAGGGCCUGCACCUGUGGGGUACAAUCCUGCUGUUGCAGCUGUGACCCCAGCUCUUGGGCAGGCACUGACGGCCCUGUUAGCUACACAAGGUGCUAAUUUGGGGAUUGGGAAUUUGCUUGGAGGUCUUGGUGGGCCAGUGAAUCCUCAAGGCGUUCCACCGGCGAUGAACAAUGCAACAGGAUAUGGUGCCCAGGGUGCUGUUGGUGGCUAUGGAGCUCAGCCAGGGAUGCAGUACCAAAACCCACAGAUGCAGGGUGGUGCUAGACCACAAGGUGGUGGUGCACCUUACUCAGGCUAUGGAGGUCACUAGGGAAACUUGAGGUAUCAGUAAGGCAAUGGUUGUACUUCCAAGGAAGGUAAAAUUUAUUUAUUUGUUGCUUAGUUCAUAAGUUUUGCAGCUCAUAUUCAUUGGGUUUGUUUGUUUAUGUUUACCAUAUCUUGUUUGUGUUAAAUUUCUGUCUUCCAUAAAAGCAAUAUCUUUGAACUUCUCUUUCAGAUUUCCGAAAGUAUUACUUUUUAACUGCGUUUCAGAGUGUUUUCUGCUAAAAAUAUUUUUCUACUUAGGUUUUUAUGUUUUACCUAUUCUAUGUGCAGAUUCCUUCAUAAAUGCAUCAAACUUUUAGUUUUGGACUGGUGAUUCUUCUGAAGUUCUGGCCACUCUCCAAAUGAAGUCUUU